CAACGCGCAGUGAACCGGACCGGAAGCCACAUGUUCAGCCAGCAGCAACAAGAAGCUUCCAGCGUCCGCACAGCUUAGAAAAGCCCCACGUCGGACUUCGACUCAACAGUUCUGUUUCGUUACGGGUUCACGACUUUUUUUUUUCAGAAUGUCGUCGUUCAGGAAAGCGUUGAAAUCCAAACAGAGAAACCACCAUGAAAGAUCUCAGCCUGAAUUCAGGAAACAUUUGGGAUUGCUGGAGAAGAAGAAAGACUACAAACUCCGCGCAGAUGAUUACCACAAGAAACAGAACACCAUUGCUGCUCUGCAAAAGAAAGCAAUGGAGAAGAACCCAGAUGAGUUUUACCACAAGAUGAUCAACUCUAAGCUGGAGGAUGGAGUUCACGUAAUAAAAAAAACCCAGGAGGAAGUUGAGGUGACAGAGGAGCAGAAGAAAGUGAUGAGGACGCAGGAUAUUAAAUAUGUGGAGAUGAAGAGAGUUGCAGAGGGUGCGAAAAUUCAGAAGAUGAAAGGAGUGCUCCAUCUUCUGGAUGCAGAAAGCAAACAAAAAAACAAGCAUACGUUUUUCGUGGAUUCCAAUGCGGAAGUGCAGUCAUUUGACCUGGCGACCCACCUGAACACGGCUCCGGAGCUGGUGGACAGAAAGUUCAACAGACCCACUCUGAAAACCCUGGAGACCCAGAGCAUCCGGGGAGCUGUACAGGCUCAACAUGUGAAGAAGUUGACCAAGCAGAGAAACAACCAGUAUAAGAUCCUUUCCCAGCGGAUUGACCGAGAAAGGAAGCUGCUGGUAAUCAGCCAGAAGAUUCAGACCCGCAAGGACCUACAGGAUAAGUACAAUAAAGUGAAGGUAAAAAAGGAGACGCCAAAUUCUGCAGCUAUCUACAAGUUUGAGGUCAAGAGGAAGCGCUGAGAGUCAAAGUCAGCGCAAGAAAUCACCAUCUUUCCCAAUGACCGAAUGGACUUCUGGAUCACAACAUUAUCGGCAUUCCCUCCAAUGUUGCUGCUGACGUUUUGUACAUAUUUGACAACUUAGUCUCGUUUGAAUAAAUAUCAGAACAAAGUA